AUGGAUAAGUUUUGUAUGAGUUGUGUAUGUACAGCCUUAAAGAAUGGAUACAGUGUGUAUUAUAUAGAUACAUCAUGUAGCUUUAGUGCAUCCAGAAUACAUGAAUUACUAGGUAAACAGUGUGAGAAUAUAGAAAGUUUGUUAUCUUCUAUCCAACAUAAAGUUUGUUCUGAUAUAUUUGAAAUAUUUGAAUUUUUAGAAGAAAUUAUCACAUUACUUCAAACUAAGAAAGUCACUGUCUCUUCUGUAGGAUAUGGUUUACUAGUCAAGUUAGGACAGAAGUUGAAAUAUUUAGCUGUUCAAUAUUCUACAACUGUUUUGAUAACUAAUAAUGUGGUAUAUACUGAAGGUAGUAAUGCUGUGCCUAGUUUAGGACGAGCCUGGUCUCAUAUACCACACACUAGAAUAAUGAUAGAAUUAAAUCAACAGUCAAACUCUUUAGAGAGAAAAAUAGUUCUGAUCAAAAGUUCCAUGCAGGCAGUACCUCAAGAAUGUGUGUAUUUUAUACAGGAAGGUGUGGGUUAA